AUGGAAGUAGUGGUGAAGUCAAGUGAGGCUAUCAAGCCAUCAUCGCCGACCCCAUCCCACCUUGGCCGUCACUACCGUUCCUUCAUUGACCAAACCAAUCCCAAGUUAUUCAUGCCCACCAUUUAUUACUACCCACCGCCACCGCCAAAUAACAUGAACAACGAUCCCAUCGCCGCAAACGCCGAAAGAAUUGACAGUCUCAAACGAUCCCUCGCGGAUGUGCUCACCUCUUUCUAUCCCUUUGCAGGCCGCGCCACCGAUCCCUCCUUCAUUGACUGCAACGAUUCCGGCGUCGUGUUUACUCAAGCUGUAGUAAUCGACCACCGCUGCAUUACAGACGUCAUCGCCGAAAAAAAUGCCCAACAACUCAGUCCAUUGUUGCCUUUCUCAACGGAGAUCACCGGGGCCGGCGUCCAUGACGACGAGAGGCUCUUGGGCGUUCAAGCCAACAUCUUCAAGUGCGGUGGCUUGGCCUUGGGCGUUAGUUGGUCCCACAACAUCUGCGAUGCUUUUUGUUUUAUCAAUUUCAUAAACUCGUGGGCGAGAUUGGCACGCGGAGAAGAGAUAACACCUCCGACCACCAUUUCCGCUUCUAUAUUCCCACCCUUAGACAACCUAUCAAUGUUCGGAACCAACAACAACUCCUCCUCCUCCGAUAUUAAUGAUAUUGAUGAAACCAACAAAAACAGAGCUAAUGAAGAAAACAACAAGAAUGAAGGCAGGAAGGUGGUUGUGACCACCAAGGUUUUCCGAUUCAGUGGCGCAUCCAUAUCUUCACUAAAAGACAAGUAUUCUGAGCAAGGCCGACCCGAACUGAUCCCUACCAGUGCGGAGGCACUAUCAACAUUCAUAUGGACCCGGUUCUACGAAAGCAGGAAAAAACAGAGUAGAAGAUACUUUAUAACUCAAAUGGUGAAUCUCCGGAACAAGGCCGACCCGGGUUUGAAGCUAGAUUCGUGCAUCGGGAACGUUUGUCAAUUUGUGGUGGUGCAUCCGGACUUAGAGCUAGUGGAUGGAUCUUCGGGUUACGGCAUUGUGAGGAGGAUGAGGGCGGCGAUAAGGAAGUUCGACGUCGAGUACCUAAAGAAGCUAGAGAAAGGUGACGCGAGCUUGUUUUUUGAAGGGUUGGUAGAUCCUUUCGAAGAAGGAACUUCGAUGUUCAUGUUCAGCUGCAUGAAUAGGUUCCCAUAUUAUGAUGCGGACUUCGGGUGGGGAAGGCCCAUUUGGGUUAGCUAUGGUCACUUUGAUUUCAGCAAUUUUGCAUUUAUGAUUCCAACGGAGUCUGGAGAUGGAGUUGACGUAUGGCUUAAUAUGAAUGAAGAUGAUAUGAAGGAGCUUCAACUCGAUCAACAAUUCAUCAACACCCUUCUUCUUUCCUAA